AUGAAACACUGGAGUCUUAAAGGAGGCCUGGGUGUGAAGAAGCCGCCAGUGGCUCCCAAACCCAAACUCGCCCCCUCGGUGAAGCUCUCGCCUCCUCCCAUCGCUCCCAAACCUGAUCUUCUCCUCUCCCAGCCUUCCCAACCCUCCCCCCUUCUUACCCAACCCUCCCCUGCCGUGCUAAAGAGAGCCAAACCUGCUGUGGCGCCCAAACCAUGCCUCUCCAAAACCUCUGCCCCUCCAGCCCCGGCUUCUCCCCCACCCCUCAGACCCAGAGUACCCCAAACCCCAUCCCAGGAGUGCCGGGGGGCUGGGGACGACAGCCUCUUCUUCCUCAACUCCAGAAACGGGAUCCUGUCGCAGCCCAUCCUGCGCGACUCGGACUACAUCAUUCCUACGUGCUCCUGUGGACUCCAGGACUGCUCCCAAUGCAAACGACUAGGGAAUGGGAACAUUACAGUGGUCGGGAGCAAUACGCUCGGCUCCUGGCCAAACGGGAAUGCCACUGAAAGCACUGGAACACUGGUAGCCAAUCUGCCGGGUAAAACAGAGAACGGAGACAGUGAGGAGAGCGGGGGAGUGACGAACACCCUCCAUCUCAGGCUCAAGGACAAACCUCAGAGACAGGAGGGGCAGAGGGAUGGAGAGGGGAGCAGGGAUGAAGAGAAGCUGCAGGAGAACAAAGAGGAGAGACAGAAGAACCAGAAAGGACAGGAGGGAGACCGACACCAUUCCCACUCCCCUCAUCCUCCCACUGGAAGUCUCCCCUAUCCGCAACCCCCCACAGACAGUCCCUCCCACCUGCACCCUCUCUCAGACAGUCCCUCCCACCCGCACCCCCUCUCAGAUAGUUCCACCCACCCGCACCCCCGCACAUUUUACCCCCCACCCUCGCCCCCUCCCAGGUGGACAGUGAGCCUGACAGCACCCCCCCACACAGACAAUAGUACACAGUGUUCCAGAAUACCCAGGCUACCCACUGACCUCUCGUUCCCUGCCGCUCCCAGUAAGCCCCUGCCCGUGCCGCUGCCACGUAAGCCCCGGAAACCAGCCCUGGUAAGGCAGGAUGGCCUGGAGGCCAGCACCCAGGAGGGAGAGACAAAGAACCGCACACAGGGGGAAGAGGUGGGGGAGUCUGAGGGGAGUGGGGGGAGAUGUGUCACCUCAGAGAAGGAAGAACACACCCAGGGAGUGUAUGACAGUCCCUCUCCCUCCCAGGGCCCUGAAGUUGAAGAGGAGCCUCACCCUGUGCCUCCACCUAGACAGAAGUCUCUCUCCCCCCGCCUCCACAGAGCCAUCCACUGUCCCCCCUCCCUCAACCGAAACACCUCCCACUCUCUGGACUUGCUCUCUCAGCCUGAGCUCAAUGCACUGACCUCAGAGAGAAGAGGAGGAGGAGAGGAGGAAGAGGAGGAGAAGGAAGAAGAAGUUGAGGAAGGGUACGGAGACUUUGAGCGCUACCCCAUCACCCGGAGCCUGCCCAAACAGAUCAAGCUCAGCUGCCGCCCGCCCCCCGUCGGUUUGACAAUGAAGGCCAGCUCAGCGGAAGAGGGAGGGUCACCCAGGGCCCCGCCCAGGAAGCCCCAGAGACACAGCCUGCCAGCGGGUGCCCCCCCGUCCAUCACACCCCCUCCACCCCCUCCGCACCACACCAACACCCCCAUGAGGGAGCUGCCUGCCACCCCACAGGAGAAACCAGCCUGGCGCUUCCCAAGGCCCUUCUUCAGCAGGCAGAGCUCCUCCAGACACAGCAGCGGCAGCAGCAGCCGAGGGCCCCCCCAGGGGAAAGCAGCUCUGCUGGGAGGGAAACAGAGGGCCCAGUCCUUCUCCUCGGCUGACCUGCUGGCCCGCUCCGGCGGCACCAAGAGGAGCCUUUCUUUCCGGAAGCUUCUGGAGCUGCGGUUGUCUGUCAGGAUGUUGCCACGGUUACUGACCAGAAGCGGCGAGUCUCUGGAUUGUACCAGCGUGGAGCCGGGCGGUCGGACGGGGAUGGUGGACCAGUCCAAUGGCAGCGCGGGGGUGUCUGGCGGGGAUGGAGAGGGGUCGGUGGAGUAUGAGAAUGUUCCGCUGUAUGAGGAGAUACCGGAGUACAUGAACCUGCCUUUCCUCAGCGCACGGCUGGGCUGGCCACUCACACACAGUCUGGACCCAAGCACACACAGACACAGUGACUCAGACGUCUAUGAGGUGCAGGAUCCAUACGAGAGCCACUGCGACUAUAAGCGACCCCAUUCCAUUGACUAUGAGAGGGGCUGGCAUGGAUUGGAUGAUGCUCACUCUGAGGAGGAAGUCCACAGCUCUGACGAGGAUGACAACAGCUCCACCUCCAGCAAGGAGCACCUGGAGCUGUCAGAAGAAGACAGACAGCAGGAGGAUGAGGUGAAGAGGAAAAAGCUGGUGCAUAUCGCCCAGGAGAUCAUGAGCUCUGAGAAAGUGUUUGUGGACGUCCUGAAGCUCCUUCACAUAGAUUUCCGGGACGCAGUUGCCAAGGCGACGCGACAGAACGGCAAGCCGGUGGUUGAAGAGCGUAUUCUAACCCAAAUCCUCUACUACCUGCCUCAACUAUACCAGCUCAACCGAGACCUGCUCCGGGAGCUAGAGGAGAGAGUGGCCCACUGGGGGGACCACCAGAGGCUGGCAGACAUCUUUGUUCAGAAGGGACCGUACCUGAAGAUGUACUCCACCUACAUCCGGCAGUUUGACAACAACGUGGCUAUGCUGGAUGAACAGUGUAGGAAAAACCCUGGCUUCGCAACUGUGGUCCGGGAGUUUGAGAUGAGUCCUCGAUGUGCCAGCCUGGCUCUGAAGCACUACCUGCUGAAACCUGUACAGAGAAUCCCCCAGUAUCAGCUUCUGCUCACAGAUUAUCUGAAGAACCUUCCUGAGGACUCGUCUGACUACAAAGACACGCAGGCUGCUCUGGGCAUAGUGAAGGAGGUGGCCAACCAUGCCAACGACAUCAUGAAACAAGGGGAUAACUUUCAGAAGCUGAUGCACAUUCAGUACAGUCUGAACGGACAGCAUGAGAUUGUUCAGCCGGGCAGGGUGUUUCUUAAGGAGGGCACUCUGAUGAAGCUGUCCAGGAAGGUCAUGCAGCCACGGAUGUUCUUCCUGUUCAAUGACACUCUUCUGUACACCACUCCGGUUCAGUCUGGUCAGUAUAAACUCAACAGCAUGCUCUCUCUGGCGGGCAUGAAGGUGAGUAAGCCCAGUCAGGAGGCGUAUCAGAAUGAACUGAACAUUGAGAGUGUGGAGCGUUCCUUCAUCCUGUCUGCCAGCUCGGCCACAGAGAGAGAUGAGUGGCAGGCGGCCAUCGCCACGGCGAUAGACGACCACACCAGGAAGAAGAUCACCUUCAUCUCCAGCCGUAGUCAGGAGGAGGCUGAUGGUGUGUGUGACAGUGGGGCCCCGCUGGGUUCUAAGGCCCCUAUCUGGAUCCCAGACCUGAGGGCCACCAUGUGUAUGGUCUGUACCUGUGAAUUCACCCUCACCUGGAGACGCCACCACUGCCGAGCCUGCGGGAAGGUUGUGUGUCAGACGUGCUCGUCCAAUAAGUUCUAUCUAGAGUACUUGAAGAACCAGCCGGCUCGUGUGUGUGAUCACUGCUUCGUCAAGCUACAGGAGAACAGUGACCGUGUUGCUUCUGGGGCGCUGUCUCCUACUGGCAGAUCUGGGGGAUUCUCUUUCUCCAGGAAACAGAAGAAGAUCCCAGCUGCUCUCAAAGAGGUGUCUGCAAACACAGAGAACUCCUCCAUGAGUGGCUACCUACAGAGGUCGAAGGGCAACAAGAAGCAAUGGAAGAGGCUAUGGUUCGUCAUCAAGAACAAAGUCCUGUACACCUACGCCGCCAGCGAGGACGUAGCUGCUCUAGAGAGCCAGCCUCUGCUAGGCUUCUUCCUGCGGGAGGAGAAGUGUGGCCCUUUCCAGAAGCUGCAGUUUAAACUGUACCACAAAAACACCCUGUUCUAUAUCUUCAAGGCUGACGACAUCCCCACUGCACAGAGGUGGAUAGAGGCUUUCCAGGAGGCCAUGAUUCUUUAACACCUAAACCAGUCAGCUCAUGUUCUUCCCCUGGAGCCAGUGGACACGGAUACCCUUUUGAUCCUUGACCUCUAGACACAUGUCAGGGGUCCGAAAGCUCAGGAAGCACUCCCCACACCCCGAGCCCUGAUGAACCGGUCCGGCUGCCUGCCAGGAGACCCCAGAGUCCCAGUGGUGUAAAGAACAGACAUCAAUGUCUUUCUAGUGAAAAUAUGGACUUUGUGUCAGCUCUACAUUGUAAAUGUUGGGAUCCGUUGAAAGUUUGACCUUGGUAAAACUACUAUGCUUCCAGUGGAGCUCUGAGGUUAUGGGCAUGUUGAGCCUCACAGGCUGCUUAUCUAUCUGCUCUUGAUCUUAGAUGGAAAUGUUAUGUGUCACAGCUGUGGGUCAAAGGUUAUGUCCUGAAGCGUGUGUGUAAGUGUUAACAGAAUUAUUGUCUGUGGACAGCCUGCUACCUUAUACAGGGGUUCCCACGGUCCACAAAAAGCCUUGAAAGUCAUUGAAAAGGAUUUGAUUUAAAUUGCUAUUGAUUUACAUUAUCCCUGAAAAGUUCAAGGAUUUCAUUUUUUUUUGGGGGGGGGGGCGGGGUGUAACGUAUUAUAAGAAAAGUUUAAACUCAAAUAUUGAUGAAUUAUGGAAAUUGGAAUGGUGAUUAGAGUGGGAACCUUGCAUGAUGGGAUGGAUACCAGUUACAAAGAAGGGUGAGACGCAGUGCGUUCUCUCUGAGUAGGGAAGCUUCUCUGGUGCACUGCAGGUGGUUGGAUUCAACUGUGAAAAAACAGGGUGCCACAGAGACACAGGAGAUGAGCAUUUUGCCCCUUAGAAAUAUAGCAAAAUUACAGGGGUCGGUUUAUAUUGUUAUUCUCUGUUAGGCUUAACUCAGUACAUCUACCACAUGUAUAAUGCAGUAUACUGGAUAAAACUGGAAAUGGCAUAAUGUCAAUAUUUUACUACACAGCCUAUAGAACAAAUGCAUUUUUAAAGAGUAUAUGUUAGAAUCAGAUGCGGUGCUUGGGCAAUAUUUAGAAUUGGGAGAGUAAAAUAUACCUUUUUUUUUCUAAAAGUCAAGAGAUAAUAUUUAUAUAGAACUGUACAUUUCUCACUGUCCAUAAUUAUGUGAUUUUAGAAAUAUGAUUUAUUUGAUAACAGAUACUAUCUUUGUCACUUUUGUAAUAAGUAGUAGCUACCUUUUGUAUUGUAUGCCAUGAUGGUUGUAAAAGCACGUGUUGUAACAAUGCCUCACUAGUUUGUUUUAAACUGCCACAACAGACUUGUUGGAUUCAUUAGGAGGAAUCUUUUAAUCCAGGCCUCAUUUGUAUCAUUUUUUAAUUGAAUAAUUUAAAGUGAACAGAUGACAAAAUAAUGCUUGUCUUUUGAGGUGGAAUGGAGAAUGAAAUGUAUCCCUGAGGAAAUGCUCACUAGCAAUAAAGCAACAUCCAGACGGUGCCUUAAAUAUGCGCAAUUAUCUUUUAAUAAUAUAGAUACAGAGAACGUUAUUUCAUCAUGUGGUGCAUUGUUUAAUUAAUUAUUCAUUUGAAUUAGGAUAUUCUAUUAUCACAGUGACUACUUUGGCCGGCACAUCUGACAUUAAACAGUGUAAAUAUCCAUUAUGUAUUUAAAUAGAAAAUUGUUUCGAGUUUACAUUUAGUACUUCAAAUGUACUAAUCGGGUUGCACUACUACACCAUUGUGGCAGUUGGCCUUAUGGGAAAUGAAGUUUAUAACACAGAGAAGCAUUAGGGAUAACUCAAAACAGAUCAUAUUUUAUAGAGACUAAAUGUCCCUCCACCCUAAUACACAAUCACUAGAGAGCCAUCGUGUCUCAUCUGUAAAUAAUAUUUCUACAGAACUGUCAGGCACCACUUUUUAAUAAAACCUAUGAAAGUGACAUUGCAUCUUGGCCUAAUUUCAUGCUUUGAGACAUCAAGGGAUGAGGGAGUUAAUACAUCUUUCCUCCUUAGAUUACUGUCACUUGAGUUAUUUUAUUGCAUAGU